AUGAAUGCAAACCGUGUUUAUGUGAAUGAUGGAGUGUUGCAACCUCCACUUUAUUAUGAAAAUGGUAGUUUAGCUUCGAAAUUUGGAGCACUUGGUUGGAUUAUAAGUCAUGAGAUUAUGCACGGAAUAGGUAUCCAAGGUGUACUGGUUGAUUCAGCUGGUACUAGUCUAACUGGUUUGACUGGUUUUAUGUUAUCUUCUGUGAUAGAAACUAAAGCUUCAUGUAUUAGUGAUCAAUAUAGACUUUAUGAAUUUACCGAUUACAAAGCCCUUCAAACCGAUACACGAGAUGAAAUUUUAGCCGAUAUUGGAGGUUUAAAAGCUUCUUACUAUUCUCUUUGUGGACAUCAUAGUGGAACUUCUCUUUUAAUACAUUCAAUAGUUGUUCCACAUGUAAUGGAAAGAUACAGAGUAUUCGGGGCAUUGGUCAAUAGCAAAGAAUUCGCACAUGCAUAUGGAUAUCCAGUUGGUUCACCAAUGAAUCCUGAUACAAAAUGCGAUAUAUGGUGA